AUGUCUCAGUCCUCAUUGAAAUCCACCCCUCCCGCAUCCUCGCCGUCCACCACAGUCACGACGCCGGAACAGUCCCCCGGCGCGGACGAUGAUAUCUGGGAUACUUCGUCUGAUUACCACGACCAAGGCUUUGACAAUUCUUCUCACCAUCAAGAUGCAAGCGAUGGUGGGGAAGCCGACCGAGACCGAGGAGAUUAUGGAUCUGCUGAGAACGGAAAUGGAAAUCCAAACGCAACUGGUAUCCGGCCCCGGCGUGGCGAGAUUCUAAGCGAUGUCCCGUCCCUCCGUCGACAGCAUAUGACGGACGGAUAUAGAGAGGGGCUGUCUGUAGGCAAAGCCCGCGUGAUGCAGGCCGGGUUCGACGCUGGGUAUCCCUAUGGCGUGGAGAUUGGGUUGAGAGUUGGGAGGUUGUUAGGGGUGUUGGAGGGGAUUGUGUCUGCUGCGACGAGUGCGGCUACGACUCCGACUACGACUGCGUCUAUGAGUUCUAAUGUAGGAGUGGACACCGGCCGCAGUCUGAGUGAGAGGAGGAAAGGAGGAAAUACCAUCUCCAGCAAAACAUCCCAUGUGUCCGAUUUUGCAGGUUCUAUUGGUGUCUCUGGGCCCGCUUCCGCUUCGAAUGGAGCUUCUUCGACCAUUGACAACAAAACGGAUAACGCUUCAGUCGAGGUCCGAGGGAAAAGCGCACGAGAAAGUCGCAACGCCAAUACUGCCGAUGCGAAUGAAGGUGUCGUUGAUGUGCAGUUCGUGCGCAGACUAUAUGAACGUGCGAAAGACGAACUAAAGAUCUCCGAGCUCUUGAAGGUCUUGGAUGAUGCGAAGAUUGCUCAGCUUGGACUGGAAGAUUCAAGCCAGCACCAAGAAGUGUCGACUCAGCUAGACGUCUAUUCCAACCGAGAAUCAGCAGGGAUCACAAGUGGGAGGAUAGAAGGGAAUGAACAGCAAGAAAAAGGAAAAAGUCUAGAUCUGGGCGACGAGGGACGUGGAGGCGACAAACCCAAUAGUCCAGCUCCAUCUCUACCGCAGGAAAUUGAGACCGUGCUGGCGAAAUGGGAGGAAAUCGUGCUGGGAAGCUUGAGUUGA